AAUAAUCAAUCCGCGCCUUAUCCCCAAGAGUCAAGACACAAUCUCCACCUCGAGCCGGUGGCGCGUGCACAACAUGAACUUGACCCCAUCCUACUGGCUUGUUCACCACCCUUCAAUCUCACAGUUCCAGUGGAACCAAGGCCAAACAUGGGGCUCAACUCCACUCUUCUUAGCCCUCACUCUCCUCACCUAUCUCUCUCUCACCUACUCUCUCUCCACCCACAUCUCUCUCACUCUCCCCAAAUCUCUCCUCCGUCUCUUUUCCGCCUUCCACAACCUCCUCCUCUCUCUCCUCUCUCUCAUCAUGGCCCUCGGCUGCUCCCUCUCUAUUCUCCACCAAAUGCCCAACUAUUCCUGGAUCGUUUGUUUCCCACCCAAUGAGACCCUUCCACGUGGACCCGUGUUCUUCUGGGCCAAUGUGUUUUAUUUUUCCAAGAUUCUUGAAUUUCUAGACACCCUUUUGAUCAUCCUUGGCGGGAGCAACGACAGACGCCGUCUCUCGUUCCUCCACGUUUACCACCACACCGUGGUGGUGGUCAUGUGCUAUUUAUGGCUUGCGACGAGUCAGUCACUUUUUCCGGUGGCAUUGAUCACCAAUGCCACGGUGCACGUGAUAAUGUAUAGCUAUUACUUGUUGUGUGCUUUGGGGAAGAGGCCGCGGUGGAAGAGGGCGGUGACUGAUUGCCAGAUUGUGCAGUUUGUGUUCAGUUUUUGUGUGUCUGGAGUGAUGCUUUACCAUCAUUUCUGGAGGGGAGGGUGUUGUGGGAUUUGGGGAUGGUGUUUUAAUGCAGUUUUCAAUGCUUCUCUUUUGGCCCUGUUUCUCAAUUUCCAUUCCAAGAAUUAUCAGGCCAAGAAGAAUGAGCAGCUGCUUAAAAACAAAUGAUCAUCACCCCUUGUGCUGCUGCUUGUUGCUUUAAGCUUUUAUGUGCUGCUGAUUGAGUUUAGUAUAUCACAAGUUUGUGCCUUUCAUUCUACGUACUGAUGAUUUAUAGUACUUUUCAUGCUCAAAUGACAAGAUAAUUCACACAUAUUUUACUUGCAUUUACCUGUAG